UCUUGGGCUAAUCUGACACAUUUACAGACUCAAGUUGAUCCACAAAUGACGACGGCAAUGAUGAGAGUAUUUCUGCUCUUCAUGUGUUUGAUCUUCACAGCUGUUCAGUCGAGGACAGGCGAAGCAAACAGGAUGGAUGUGCGCAAAAAGCAUGAAAACGACGUGGCGCACCACAGCUCUGCCAUAACAACAGGAGUGUGGAAUCAGGAGAAUCCAAAAAGACUCUUUGCCAGGACUCGUUAUCUGUCUCAGCAGAGACAUCACGUGGUGCGACCUAAGCACACCCCUGAGGCAGUACCUCCAGCCCAGACUCCAGCACGGCGCUGCUCUGGUCUCAUGGAGACCUGUUCCUCACUCACUCCUUGCUGUGACCCCUGCACUUCAUGCCAUUGCAGGCUCUUCAACACGAUCUGCCACUGCUGGAGACUGGGACACCUCUGCCCCAAGAAGACCUAAUGGACCUUAAAAACACACACAGACACUAACUAUAUAUCACACUGCUGUACACAUACAGGAAUUAUACAUGUGUCUCUACACACAUAUAGACACACACACACACACUCACACUCUGAUUGAAAAUGCUUUAUAGAGUGCCAUAGAUCAAACAUGAUGUUUAACUAAGAGGUAAUUAUGUGUAUUACUUUCUAUCCAGUAUAUGUUUAACUUUUACAUACACUACUAGGUAAAAGUUUGGACACACCCAUUCAUUCUUUAGUGUUACUUUUUACACAUUUCAGAAUAGCAGUUAAGUCAUCAAAGCUGUGAAAUAACCAGUGCUGGGUAGUAAUGGAUUACAUAUAAUCUGGAAUACUUAAUCAUUUUCCAAUAAUCUAGUACUUGUAAUUAAGUAUAAUUAUAAAAUACUCGUAAUCAGAUUACAGUUACUUUUAUAUGGACUAUAUGAUUCAUGAUUACACAUUAAUCAGGCAACGGCAGUAAAUUGUUCAUAAUUAAUUGACCCCUUGCCCAUUCUUCUUUUUUUUAUAUAC